UAUAACUUGUGAACAAAAGCUCCAAUAAUAACAACAAUCAUGGAGUUUCAUGACCAUUUUUCUCAAGAAUUAGCUCUACAACAACACCAACAACAAAACGUCGAUGAUGACGUUUCGGAUCAGUCGAUGAAUUUCAACGUAAAGCUAAGUCAACAAUAUAGGGACGAUGUCAAUAACAACGAGCACAACAACAACAACAACAAUAAUAAUAGUAACGUUUGGGAUCAGAGCGAGAAAUAUAAAGCGGAUAUUUUGAACCAUCAUUUAUCGGAACAGCUUCUUUCUGCACACGUGGCUUGCCUGAGAAUCGCGACUCCGGUGGACCAGUUACCGAGGAUCGACGAGCAGUUGACGGAGUCACAAAAUUUGGUGGCAAAGUAUUAUGUUGUUGGUCAAAGUCAACGGUCUCUUGAUGAUAAAGAACUUGAUCAAUUUAUGGCACAUUAUGUUUUACUGCUCUCUUCUUUUAAAGAGCAACUGCAACAACAUGUUCGUGUCCAUGCAAUGGAAGCUGUCAUGGCUUGUUGGGAUCUUGAUCAAUCUCUACAAAAUUUAACAGGGGUAGCAUCAGGAGAAGGUACAGGUGCAACCAUGUCAGAUGAUGAUGAAGAUAAUCAAGUAGAAAGUGAGACAUAUUGUCAUUAUAAUGGAAUUUUAGAUGGACAAGAGAGUAAUGGUUUUGGUCCUCUUGUACCUACUGAAAAUGAAAGAUUUUUAAUGGAACGUGUGAGGCAAGAAUUGAAACAAGAGUUCAAACAGGAUUACAAGGGGAAGAUUGUUGACAUUAGAGAAGAAAUUUUAAGAAAAAGAAGAGCAGGAAAGCUGCCUGGUGACACUACUUCUGCCUUAAAAGCUUGGUGGAAAUCACAUUCUAAGUGGCCUUAUCCCACAGUAAGUACUACUAUACACAUUAAGUUACGGGUUCGAAUCGUGAAAUUAGCUAUUGAUGUUGGUGUCGGUCGUCAGUUAGGCGACCCACAUUAUGCGCCUUCUUGGGGCACGGGCAAAUGUAGACAUUAAGUUACGGGUUCGAUAGACUAGCACUUGAAGUUAUUAUUGACGUAGAAUUUAGAAACCAUAUUAAAGUUCAAAUCUUGAAUUCGUUUACGUUUUAAGGUGCAACCUUUCAGUAUACCAUAAUUUGUUUUAUUAUUAACUAAAGAAUUUAACACAUAAUUUAUGUAAGAUAUGCUAGGCAAGCCCUAAACGUUGGGUGUUGAGCAUGCUUAGGACGUACAGUGGGAUGCUUAGGGCGCAAGUCUCACAAAACUAAGCCCCACACGGGCCAUACAUGAGUCUCGGGCGUCUUGUUAGAGCUCUCCCCCGGGGCGAGUCCCAACAUUACGUGAAUAUGGAAUGAUUUGUGUAUCGAACUGUCUUAUUUUAGUGCAUAAAACUUAACUUUCUUAUUGUUUA